AUUUUGUUUUGUAGCUUGUUAUGAUUGAUUAUAGUGUUUGCAGCAACAAUGAUGAGUGAGUUGCCUGAUUUGCCUGAUUGUGUUAUAUCGCAUAUCUUUUCCAAGUUAAGUCUGAAAAGUUUGGUAAAAACUAGUGCUUUGUCCAAACAAUGGUAUCACGAAUGGGGAUUAAGGAAGGACCUCAAUUUUGAUCUACAUAACAUGUUUGACUAUAAUACAAUUCCAAAGUUCCCAAUAACCCUUACACUCUUUCAAGAGCUUCAAUCUCUUUUUGCUACAAGAUUGGAUAAUUUCAUGCAGAAAUAUCAUGGUGACAUGAUCCGUUCUAUCCGAAUAAAUUUUCCAUUAGAUGCCCAUCAUACUCAUGUCAUUAAUGGAUUGAUUCACAAAGGAGUUGUCAAGGGUGCCAAUCGUAUCGAGUUGCUAUUCGCACAUCAUACUCGUCAUAUUCAGCCGUACAAAUUUGUAUUUCCUUUCUUAUCUUGCACUAAUUCCGUCACAUAUCUGCACCUACGGAACUGCCACAUUGCAGCACCUAUGGAAUUUUCUGGGUUCAAGAAUUUGACAACUCUUGUGUUGCAACUACUUCCUUUGGACCAGAAUAUACUUCAGCCUCUCUUUUUUAACUGCAUCUAUCUUCAGAAUCUCACUCUUAAUCAAUGUACCUUCAGAUCUGACUUAACAAUAACUAGUCCAACAUUGCUUCAUUUCAACAUUAACUGCCGCCAUGUCAUAGGUGGGAUGAAGACUAAUAUUCAUAUCAUUGCAUCAAAUCUCUUAUCUAUGAAAUAUUCUUCCUACUUUUGCCCUAGACAUACACUCAACUUUAACUCUCCUAUGUUAUCCAAGUUUAGCUACUCAUGUCAUAGAAUUUCUAAUUUUGUUGAUUUUUCUGGACUCAAAAAUAUGAAAACAAUUGUGUUGGAUCGACUUCUUGAUUGUCUCCAAACUGAUGUCAUCACUCAUUUGUUUUCUAAAUGUCUCCUACUUGAACAUGUCACCUUUAACAACUGCAAGUUCACUUGUGAUUUGAAAAUUAGGAGUGCAACCUUGCUUCAUUUGAGCAUUGUUAACUGUCUCUACUAUAAGAAUCUUCGUUGUUAUGAUUUUUCUCAUAAGUUAGACAUUGAUGCUUUGAAUCUCUCAUCAUUUGAAUAUAGAAGUCACACUGUCAUGAGGCCUGUAAUCUCUCUUGCGGCUCCCAAGUUAUUCAAGGUUUUUUGGGAUGCAGGUUUCAGAAAGAGAAAUGUAUCCAACUUUGCUAAAAUUGCAAGGUUACAUCUGGUUCAGAAUUUAACUAUGAAUAUGAGCUUUUCACAGAUACCCAAGUUAACAAAGGAUUUGGUUCGAUUUCAAAAUCUUAAACAAUUGAAAUUAUUUAUUGUCGGAGCAUAUAAUCCUAAAAUGGAUUACUUUUGGAUUUUAGAUAUUGCAAUGGCUUCUCAGCAUCUCCAAAAACUUUCUCUAACAAUUAGAAAUGGACAUACAGAAAGAUCACAUAUGGUUGGAUCUGGGAGACAAAGAAGAGAAUAUGCCAAGUUUUGUCACAAUGAGUUAAAAUAUGUGGAGUUACAUGGUUGUGUUUGCUCCAUAAAUGUAAUUGAGUUGGCUAGUCAUCUAUUGAGGAGUGCAACUUUGCUUAAGCAAAUUACUUUCAGUUCUCGUCGCAAUUUCUAUAUAGGUGCUGGAAGAUGGAGUAAGGAUCCCGAUGAUUGUUGUUGGUUUCAACACGAUCUUAUUCAUCAGCAUCUUAAACAUGAAGUAAAUCAACAAUGUCACCUCAUCAUUUUCUAGUUUUAUGCUAUUUAUUUAUAAUCAAUUAUGUCCUCUAUGAUUUACAUUCAUACUAGUUACAAUAUUAAUUAUGAAUUACAUUGAUAUCAAUUGUUCAAUAUUAAUUAUGAAUUACAUUGAUAUGAAUUGUUCAAUAUUAAUUAUCCAAAUUUAUUUAUUUUUCCAGCUAGA